GAACUGUCUGUUGUUUUUCCUUUUCCCUUUGUGGCAUUUUAUAUAACAAGGGCUCAUAAAAGAGGGAGGGGAGGGGGCCGAGGCCGUGGAGCAGCAUGCUAAUAAAGCUGCCUUGUCUCUCCCGAGCUCUGCGGUGAAAUCUUUCAGAGGUCACCUAUGAAAUGAGUUGGGUAGACUUAACAUUUACUCGUCUCUCCCUCCUUGGGAGAGUUUGGUGGUGAUUGGCAGCUCGGCUGGGGAAAGGUCCAUGAACAGGCUCUUUGGAGGUGAUUCUGGGCUGCACCCAGGGUCUGGAAGAGGAGCAGCGGGGGCUCUGCUUGGUCACCUCGGAGCCUGCCCUGGAGUAGCAGAAAUGUGGGAGCAGGCUUUGGGAGCCAUCACUGCAGUGCCUGUCACGGGUCCUCAGGUCAGCUCCUUGCAGAGGUUGGCCGGGCAAGGAGUGGCGGUGCUACCUCAGGUUAGGCCAAAGACUCUGAUUCCAGACAGCCUCCCCGUCGCCCCGGGCCGGGACCGGCCACCCAAGCAGCCCCCGACCUUCCAGAAGGCCACCGUGGUCAGUAUCAAGAACCCCAGCCCAGCCCUCCCCACCGCCAACAACACCGUGAGCCAUGUGCCAGCUCCCGGCAGCCAGCCCCAGGCCCUCGCUGAGCCCGCCGCCAUCGCCUCUCCCCUGAGCAGUGCCGGGGUGGCCUACGCCAUCCUCACCACCGCCCCCAGCAAUGCCGCUGCCGUGGCCCCCAGCACUGCCGUGUCUGUGGUCAGCGACAGCGUCAAGGUCCAGCCCCUCCUCAUCAGUGCCGACAAGAAGGUCAUCAUCAUCCAGCCUCAAGUGCAGACGCAGCCUGAGAGCACGGCAGAGCCGCGGCCGCCCACGGAGGAACCAUCUCAGGGAGCUCAGGCGACCAAAAAGAAGAAGGAGGACCGGCCCCUGAGCCAGGAGAACCCCGAGAAAAUCGCCUUCAUGGUAGCUCUAGGCCUGGUCACAACGGAACACUUGGAAGAAAUCCAGAGCAAACGCCAAGAGCGGAAGAGAAGAAGCACAGCUAAUCCUGCGUACAGUGGCCUCCUGGAGACGGAGAGGAAACGGCUGGCGUCCAACUAUCUCAACACCCCCCUGUUCCUCACAGCGAGAGCCAAUGAGGACCCCUGCUGGAAGAGUGAGAUCACCCACGCUGAGCACUGUGCUGCCUGCAAGCGAGGGGCCAACCUGCAGCCUUGCGGCACCUGCCCGGGGGCCUACCACCUCAGCUGCCUGGACCCGCCCCUCAAGACGGUGCCCAAGGGCAUGUGGCGGUGCCCCAAGUGCCAGCAGAAGGCCUUAAAGAAAGACGAUGGCGUGCCCUGGACAGGGAUGCUGGCCAUUGUGCACUCCUACGUCACCCACAAGACGGUCAAGGAAGAAGAGAAGCAGAAGCUGCUACAGAGAGGCAGCGAGCUACAGAGUGAGCACCAGCAGCUGGAGGAGCGGGACCGGCGCCUGGCCUCGGCAGUGAAGAAAUGCCUAGAGCUUAAGACGAGCCUGCUGGCCCGGCAGAGGGGCACCCAGUCAUCCUUGGACCGCCUGCGGGCCCUCCUGAGACUGAUACAGGGUGAGCAGAUGCUGCAGGUCACCAUGACGACCACCAGCCCCGCCCCACUGCUGGCCGGGCCCUGGACCAAGCCCCCAGCGGCAGCCAUGCGCUCCGCCCUCCAGCACCCCCAGGGGCACAACUGACCCUGCGGGAGCCGCUUCACACCCACGGGAGGUUCCUGGGACCCUGCUCAGCAGACCUGAGGGUUCUGUCCGCCUUAAUUCAUAAACACUAUGAAUUUCAGAUGAAAAUAAAACCUGACCGAGAGAGACAGAGGAAAGAAGGGAGAAGGAACUGGGUGGAAGUCCUAGAGCCAGGACGGGUGGGGAUGGAGUCCUCUCCCUCCACAUUUAGACGGGACACCAAGAAAAGCAGGGGGGCGCCUGACGGCCGGGCGCACAGUCAGCCCCUGGCUGUUGGGGGGCUGCCCAGCCUCCGGCUUCCAGGCACAGCUGUCUCCUCGGCCUCAUGCUGCUCCCGGGAGAGAGAAGGGCAGAGGUUGGGAGGGGAGCCAAGAACCCGAAGACCUAGCUGAGUAGUAGCGGUAGUUGGGAUGAGCAGUGGGUAGCGAAUCUAGGUAGGACUCCGCGCCCCUCCCGCUCAGGGGCCCCGGGGCUCGAGGCCGGGACGCUCCAGCGCCUUCCCAGAACACGGGCCCCUGUCUGUCAGUAUUAUUAGCAUUAAGAGUCACAGCCGUUGAACUUGAAAGAAACUACAAGGUGGGUCCCUCGGGGAGGGACUCUGCAGUCUCCACCUGCCAGGGCCUCCCCGUGCCCCCCGAGUCUUCGGAGCGCCCGCUCUGUACGCCUCCUGCCCUUUGCCGACCUUCUGGACUCAUUUUGCCAUCGAUGUAUUUUUCUCAUGGAGUUUUUGGGCAAGAUGGAGCUGCAAGCAUGCAGGGGAGGCCUUUGGCGGGUUUUCUCUUCGGGGUUGAAUCAUUCAACUUACGACUGAAGCCUUUUCUUUUCUCCUUUCGAAGAGCCGAUAAAGUAUUCCAUUCCUCUUUUCUUGCCAGUACAGACACUUAUGCCAAAAAUAACUUUACAUUUUUGUAUGGCGUUUUUAUUGUAAGAUAUUUAAUGUGAAGCAGGGAUGCUUGCUGACUUCUUUUCCUGCUUACAGUGGUCUCUGCUGCAAGGUACGAAUGCGAAAACCCCUCCUGGGGGACUGCCAAACUGGAGAGAUCCAGAGGGUUCUUUCAGAAGGGGGGGCGAGGGUGGGGAGGGAGAGGGGGCAGUGGCCUCGGGAGGGUUUGGCCUUGGGAGAUGCAAGAGUCCCUCUUCUUGCUGUCUCCUUGCGUUCGUGAGAGCUGAGGGCGCGCACGCGUCACACAAGGGCUCCCGCGCCCCGGGGUGGGAUGUCCACCCACCAGCUUCUCCAGUCCUGAGGGACGUAGCACAACAGGAUAAGCAUCCGGAAGCCACCGGGCUCCCACCCCAGCAUAUCACACGGUGCCGAAUUGCAUUGAACACAGGUGCGCGUGUGCACAUGCGGCCCCAGACACACACGCACGCAGACAGGUGCAGAGCAGGGAGACUGGCCAGGAUCCCACAGACUGCCAUGGUCCCUCCUGUCAUUUUCUCGACUCCGGGAGAAACUGUGCUGUACGAUACAGAUCUAUUUUAAUACACUUAACACUGGGUUGAACAAGAUUUUUAUAUUCUUUUAUUGAUGAACAAAGUGAACUGUGAGACACACGUCUUCUAUAUUGGUUACUCUAGAUGCCAAUUAUGCAUUACUGCGUGGCUUGCGAUGUAAAUGUCUUCAGGUUCCUUCUUGUUGGUUUGUUUUUCUUCUUGGAUGGAUUGAAUUGAAUUAAAUUAAAAAAAAAAUGUAAUGGGAGGAUAUGGAAGGUUGGACCCGGGAGGGGUAGCUGCCGACGUGUCUUGAAGACUUAGUGUUUUGGACCAAGGAGGACCGUCCAGUGGAUAGUGAGGAUAGAGAAAGUGUUUGUCUUAAAUAUGCCAAUGUAGUUUUCCUUCUGUAUGAUGUAUUAAACUCGAUUGAUGAUUUCAAA